CCUGUGGCCAGCGGCGCCCAGCGGCCACUCUCGGGCAUCGCCGCAGGAUCACGGAUCGUGGGGGGACAGGACGCUCCGAGCGGUGCCUGGCCCUGGUCCGUCAGCCUCCAGCUCCGCCAGCCCGGCGCUCGCUACGUCCACGUGUGCGGCGGAGUGCUGGUGAAUGCCAACGCGGUGCUUACAGCUGCCCACUGCCUCACGGGAAGGACGAACCGAUAUUCCUGGAGAGCUGUUCUGGGUGUGCAUAACCUUUGGAAACCACAGAAACACGCAGCACAAAGAAAGAUUAGAAGCAUCGCUGUGCACCCAGAAUUCAAGGCAGACACAUUUGAAAACGAUAUCGCGCUAUUUGAACUCGACUCCGCAGUACGCUACAAUGACUAUAUCCAGCCCAUCUGCUUACCUCCCGCUCACCUUCUCCCGUUCAUGUACAACGAAACGGAGUGCUUCAUCAGCGGCUGGGGACGUACAAAAGAAAAAGGUAAAGCUUCGGCUGUGUUAAAAGAAGCACGAGUGGAAAUCAUCCCCUCUAGCAUCUGUAACAGUUCUUACGCGUACGGAGGUUUGAUUAACGACAACAUGAUCUGUGCUGGCUCUCUCUCAGGAGGCACCGAUACCUGCCAGGGAGACAGCGGUGGACCUUUAGCGUGCUACCUCCCUUACACCAACACGUACUAUCUCGUAGGGAUUGCUAGUUUUGGAAUUGGCUGUGGCCGACCACGAUUUCCUGGGAUCUACGUCCGUUUAUCAGAAUACAGAACAUGGAUAGAGUAUGAACUGCUGUUGAGAAGCAAGGCUGUGAGUCCCAGGAGCACUCCACUCGCCAUCGUUCUGACUGUGAUGGCUAUGGUCCUUCUGUAG